AUGCGUGCUUUGGACACACCUGCUUAUCCUGACCAUCAUAGAGGGUUUGGACGUAUCAUGGCGCAUACACCCAUGAUUAUGAUGUGGGCCAAUGUCGAUCGUUCUGUGACGUUGUCGCAGAGAACUGCUCCUCGUGAACAAGAGCCUGAGGUCGUCAAGAACCCGCCAUUCAGGGCUGUACCGUCCAGGACUAAUACGCUGCUCAAAGAUGAACGCCCAAGACUGGCUUUCAACAUCCCAGCCAUCGCAGACGAGCAUCAAGACAUCAUCUGGGCAUUCGGUCGCAAUCGACCGGACUCCUCAAAAACGGACGCUCAUGUCCCAAUCCACGUCAAACACGGACACGCAACACUCAACCUAAACCGAACGUUCUCACCACCAGAAGACGUAGUGGAGCCCGUCGAUCCGCCGUUUGGUUACCCACCUUUGCAGCCGUACCAGAGGACCAUCGUCGCGCAUGCGGUAUUUUCGAUGGCUGGGUAUCUGGUUAUGUUGCCUGCUGGGGCGUUGCUGGCUAGAUAUAUGAGGACGUUUUCCGCUAGUUGGGUGUCGUUCCAUUGGAUAAUUCAGGGCGUGUUCGGUGGGUCAAUAGUGUUGUUUGGGCUCCUAACAGGUAGAAGAGCUGUCGAGAAGUCGGGAGGAGUACAUCACGAUGAUUCGCACAAGAAAUUCGGUCUUGUAUUGCUCCUGGGCUUCUUUCUCCAAGCUGGCCUAGGGGCCCUGGUGCAUAGAAAGCCACAUCUAAAGAAAUUUGGCGGACGUCUUCAUGCGUGCUUGGGGCUAAUGGUGAUCAUCAUGGCGUUUUACCAGGCAAGGACGGGUUACAAACACGAGUGGCCGUACGUUACGGGGCGACCAGCUAUUGAGUAUUUGCGAAAAGCAUGGUACAUUUUAAUCGUCGCUAUCCCCGUACUUUAUGGGAUGGGACUAACGCUGUUGCCGAGGCAGCUCGCGCUGGUGAGGAUGAAUUCGAAGGAUAUAGACGGUAAGGCGUUGGCUAUGGAGAGUCUACCACUUAGGCAAAGGGAGGAUGGGGACGAGGACGAGGACGAGGACGAGGACGAGGACGAGGACGUGAAAGAUGACGCAUCAUAUGAGGCGGCAGUUGAGUCGAAGUCGUAA